AUGCUGGACAGGCAAGGAUGCUUUCUUCAGAGCUUUGAGAUAUGUAGCAUGACUAAGGAGAAUAUCCAGUUAUGGAGCUGCAAGGUUGUCAGGUCCACAGGCGCUUUUGCUCGUUCAGUUUCAGCUUUCACCUUAUCUUCUUCAAGCAAGAUAGACCUAUUUGCCUGGUUCAUGGGUACCCAGCACUUAAGAACGACGGUUCUAAGAAGAGUCAUAACUAUUGGGAUUAAAUCAGACCUGGCGGAGGUUCACAAAAUUGAGAAGAACUUGAGUGACAAGUUCCCGGAGCUGGGAUUUGGGUUGAGCUUCUUUCUUGAGAGACAGCAUUUUGGCAACGAUUUCCUCCGAGGAAGACUUGCUCCGUCGCAGCAUAUCGUACAGCGCUGCCAUGUCGACGUUGCGCUCCGGCAGGAUUUCGCCGGGCUCCGCCAUUGCGACAUCCAUUUUCUACGGAAGAAGAGAGAAUCCCAAUGA